GGAAAAUAAUAAAUAAAAAUUUAAAUUCUGUAAUGCCUCGCGAAAUCAUCACACUUCAAGUUGGAUAAUGCGGUAAUCAAGUUGGUAUUGAGUUUUGGAAAUAGUUAAUCAAAGAGCAUGGUAUAAAUAAUGAGGGAAUUUUGGAGGAAUUUGCACUCUAAGGAGAUGAUAGGAAGGAUGUGUUCUUCUAUUAGGCAGAUGAUGAACAUUACAUACCAAGAGCAUUGUUGAUAGACAUGGAACCUAGAGUUAUCAAUUAUAUAUAGACUUCUCAAUUUUCAACUCUGUUCAAUCCUGAGAAUAUAUUCAUUUCAAAAGAUGGAGGUGGAGCAGGCAAUAAUUGGGCAUGCGGUUAUUCAUAGGGAGAGAGAUACUAGGAAGAGUUGAUGGAGAUGAUAGACAGAGAAGCCGAUGGAUCAGACAGUUUGGAGGGAUUUCUAAUGCUUCAUUCAAUUGCUGGUGGUACAGGUUCAGGAUCAGGAUCAUACAUAUUGGAGAGAUUGAAUGAUCGUUUUCCCAAGAAAAUCAUAUAAACAUACUCUGUGUUCCCUAAUCAAAAUGAGACAAGUGAUGUUGUUGUUCAACCCUACAAUUCUCUACUCACUCUUCGUAGAUUAGCCUAGAAUGCAGAUGCAGUAGUUGUAUUGGACAACACAGCCUUGAAUAGAAUAGCUGUUGACAGACUCAAAAUACCCAUUCCAACUGUGUCUCAGACCAAUUCUCUGGUGGCUAUGGUCAUGGCAGCCUCUACCACUACACUUAGAUAUCCUGGAUAUAUGAAUAAUGAUUUAGUUAGCAUUUUGGCUGGAUUAGUUCCCACACCUCGAUGUCACUUUUUGAUGACUGGCUAUACUCCUUUGACUAUUGAUAGACAUAUUUCAUCUGUAAGAAAAACUACAGUCUUGGAUGUCAUGAGAAGACUACUCUAGACUAAGAACAUUAUGGUUUCAACAUCUACGAAGAAUGGAAAUUACAUUUCGAUUUUGAACAUCAUUCAAGGGGAUGUGGAUGCUACUCAGAUCCAUAAAAGUUUGUAAAGAAUUAGGGAGCGCAAACUGGCCAGUUUCAUUGAAUGGGGUCCCACUUCAAUUCAAGUAGCUCUUUCGAAGAAGAGUCCUUACAUCGAGACUUCUCAUAAGGUCAGUGGACUGAUGUUGGCUAAUCACACUAGUAUCCAUUCACUUUUUGAUAGAAUAUUAAAACAAUAUCACAAGUUGAGAAACAGGAAUGCUUUCUUAGAUUAAUACAAAAAAGAACCUAUGUUUAAGGAUUCACUCGACGAAUUCGACGAAUCAAGAGAGUGUUUGGAGUCCCUUAUUAGUGAGUACAAGGCUGCUGAAUCGAAGAACUACUUGGAUUGGGGAAACGAUGACAAUAUGAGAAUCGAAGAGUAACAGUGA